GAGAGAGAGAGACAGGGAUAGAGGGGGUGGAGAGGCAGGGAGAAGUGAAUCUGCGGACCUUGCCAGACAUGUCUGAAGCUUUCACUCAGAGACACAUCAAGUGAACUGAGAAUACUACGAAUACUCACUGACUCGGAAAAAUAACUCUCUCUCUUUCUCUACAGAAGCUGCCUGACCUGCAGGAGAGAAACGCCUACACCCCCCCAGUUAGCCCAGUGCCAGCGUUUAGCAGCACCGUUCACAGCACUGUGUCUGAGGGCAGACGCAUGGAGGAUGGAACCUAUACCCUCCCCAAUCACCUCCGCCUCCAGCCCAUGUUCUGGAGUCGGUUGGACGUGGCACAGUGGCUGAAAUGGGCGGAGCAAGAAUACUCUCUGCGGCCAAUGGAGAGCGAGAUGUUUGAGAUGAACGGGAAAGCUCUGUGUCUGCUGACCAAAGAGGAUUUUCGAUAUCGGUGCCCGCACUCAGGAGACGUCCUCUAUGAGCUGCUGCAUCACAUUCUGAAGCAGAGGGAGUCCCCAGUCUGGUAUCCCCCCUUCCUGCAGCCAGCCAGUACUACGCACAACCCAGCUGAAAUCAUCCUGCACAAUCCUGUGGAAGACUUGCUGCACAGAAACGCCCGGCCCUCAGAGCUGGGGAACCUUAGGAAUCCGCCCUCGCUGGCACCACUCCAGAGAUUGGUCCGGUCUCCAGCUGGUGUCCAGCGCCACUCGUCUCCGGAAACAGAGCUGGAAAAUGCACAGAGCCUCGUUCCGGCGUGUGAGAGGAACCCGAGCCCUGCAUCGCAGGCAGAGAACACGCACAACUCCUCACCAGACAUUGAGCAAAGACUGUCCAUCUCACCUGUGGAUGAGAACCACUGUCCAUUAGGCAAUGACAGCAUACUGCCAACUCCCAGGAGAAAUCUGUCCCCUGCUGCAGACACCUCCCGAGUUAUCCAGUUAAUCUCCAACUCCACGAUGAACCCGCUGAUGGCCUCUGGCCGACAGCCCACAGAGUUUGCCUCGAGAAUGGCCAACCGGAACUCUCACAAGGAGCGGCCUCUGAACCUAUCCCGAGAGGAGCUGUUAUACCGUAACCAUGUGAUGAUUCCCAUGCCAGCCCCAGAGGAGCCUCUGACACCCCUGGGCAGAAUUGCAGACUGCCGGCUGCUGUGGGACUACGUUUACCAGCUGCUCUCAGACAGCAGGUAUGAAGCUUUCAUCCGAUGGGAGGACCACGAAUCCAAAGUUUUCCGAAUUGUGGAUCCGAAUGGCCUGGCCCGGUUGUGGGGUAACCACAAGAACCGAACAAACAUGACGUAUGAGAAAAUGUCGCGAGCUCUCCGCCAUUACUACAAACUCAACAUCAUUAAGAAAGAGCCUGGCCAGAGACUCCUGUUCAGGUUCAUGAAAACUCCAGAUGAGAUUGUGAACAGUCGGUCUGAUCGCCUUGAACACCUCGAGUGCCAGGAAAUGGAGGAGCCUCUGUACCAGGAUGAGGAAUGCUGAGUGCUGUGACUGGGACGUCACCAGACGUGGAGGAUGUGCCAGGCUAUGGCAACUGUCAGGCUGGCAGUGCCACUGUGUAAGAAGGUGCUGCAGACACUGAGACCCACACUGUUGUCCAGUGGAUCCCUGUAUCUACCCUCCAUCAGCUGCUUCACAAUGUGAUCACUCUCAGCCUUUUGCUGGACCAACAAUUGGUAGAGAGUGAGGGCAAGCAGGGUAUCAGCCUGGAAUCUGCUCUCCGCUGCCACCUCACUGCGGGCCCUGAGAUACUGCCAGGCUUUGUGAACCACACCAACUUCCUCACACCACCAGGGACUGUGGCAGGCUGCCAGUGUGGAACAGGGCCUGUGUUACUCUGUGUCACUCUGCUCAGUGCCAGAGAGGCCUCCCUGCUGACCAAUGCACUAUUUACCCUUCAUGAUCAUAAACUUGAAUUUGUAGUGAUUCUUUUUUUUAAAAAACUGCACAAAUGGAGUCUCCAUCUCCCUUUGAACUCAUACUGAGGAUCUACAUUUCUUACUAGAAAACACACUUUGUAAUGAUUCUUUUUAAAUAAUCCUACAUCUGGAAUUAAAAUGAGAAUGAUUGGA